AUGUCUUUCGACGAGUUACAAGAGCUCUUCCUUCUCAGCCAUGAUGACGGUACCGUAGAUGAUGCAGAGCUUCUCUUACUUCAUGAAGAGUUUACGCCAAAAAACACAGACUUAUCGUGCGGAAAUUAUAACAGGCUGGAACUCGAAGACAUGAAUGACUCCGAAUGUUUGACUCAGUUUAGAGUUAAGAAACGUGACUCACCAAUUCUUGCUGAAGCACUCCAAAUACCGGAAAGCUUCACAUGCUAUCAACGAAGUGUUGAAAGCGGCAUGGAAGGCCUCUGUAUCCUGCUCAGAAGACUAUCCUACCCUUGUAGGUACAGUGAUGUGGUUUGCAGCGAUGUGCUUGACUUCGUUUACGAUACACAUAGUCAUAGAAUUACUCGAUGGAAUCCCACUGUUCUAAGCCCUGCUGAUCCACAGAUUUACAGCGAUGCUUUUGCUGCGAAGGGGGCAGCUUUACAGAACUGCUUCGGUUUUAUAGACGGUGCCAUCCGCCCC